AAGAUAUUUCUCGAAACAUCCGCAAACAAACUUUGACAGUAGAAAAUAAUUUUUGACCGGCGAACGGAAAAAGCAUGUGUGGUGGUGCCAUAAUCUCCGAUUGGAUACCGCCGCCUCGAUUGUCGAGACGACUCACCGCCGACCUGUUAUGGGAUUGCUCCGAUCUGAAAAACAAGAAGAAGAAAAAGAAGAAAAAUCCUUCUAAUUACCACUCCAAGUCCUUGAGAUCUGAUGUUGUGGACUUUGAAUUUGAUUUUCAGAAUUUCUCUGAUGAUGAAGAAGAUUUCAAUUUGGAUAUCAAUCCUUUUGCUUUUUCUGCUUCUGAACUCUCUGGAACCUCUGCUGGAUCCAAAGCAUUGAAAUCUGUUGAUUCAAACAAGGAAGUUGAGAAAUCUUCCAAGAGACAGAGGAAGAAUCAGUAUAGGGGGAUCAGAAAGCGUCCUUGGGGUAAGUGGGCAGCUGAAAUACGUGAUCCACAGAAGGGUGUCCGAGUCUGGAUUGGAACUUUUAAUACUGCAGAAGAAGCUGCCAGAGCUUAUGAUGCUGAAGCUCGGAGGAUCAGAGGCAAUAAAGCUAAGGUAAACUUUCCUGAUGAAGCUUCGGUGCCUGCCUCGAGGCAAGCUGGUAAGAUAAAUCCUCGGAAGGUUCUUUCUGAUGAGAGCUCUAACCCAGUUCUGUCCAACACCACUUUUAUAAACAACUUGAAUAAUGGAUAUUGUGACAAUUUGGGCCUUCUCGAAGAGAAAACAAAAACUCUGUAUGGCUACGAAGCUUUGUGUGCCACUUCUGUAGAUACAGGACCUAACUCAUAUGCCCCUCCAGCUGCCGCUGGUGUUUACUUCAGUUCUGACCAAGGAAGUAACUCUUUUGACCACUCAAAUUUUGGUUGGGGAGAAACGUGUUCAAUGACUCCAGACAUAUCAUCUGUUCUGUCAGCUGCUAUAGAAUGCGAUGAAGCUCAAUUUGUUGAAGGUGCCGACUCAGAGGAGAAGCUAAAAUCUUGUUCCAACAAUUUGGUGCCUGAUGAUGUGAACACUGCACACAAGCCACCUGAAGAAUUUCCAGCUUUUGAAUCCCAGAUGAAGUUCUUUCAGACGCCAUAUUCGGAAGGAAAUUUGGAUGUAUCAGUUGAUGCCUUCCUCAAUGCAGAUGCAACUCAGGGCGGUGAAAAUGCUAUGGACCUUUGGUCCUUUGAUGACCUUUCUUCUUUAAUGGGAGGUAUCUACUAAGCUAAGAGAACGUCUUACGUGUGGAUUCUUUGUAAAUAAGGCUUCACAUGAAGUGAGGUUUGUUUCUCAUCUCUCGUCUCCAAGCAACGCCAAGUUACUUGGCGUAAUCACCUUUUUGAUGUGUGUUUUCCUUCUUUUAGGUGUCUUGUGUUAAGGAAGAGGAUGACAACCAUUCAAGCAUGUUUAGGGUUCCAUGGAUUGUGUGUUGAGUAGGUGUUUUGGUUAUAAGACCAUUAGACCAAUAUGUGGGUAUUUAGGUUAUUAACAACUUUAGACAACAAGAAACUGAAGUUUUCAAAUUUUGCAUCUAUUGAUGGGUCAAAAUGCUUUAUAUUUCACAACUUGGUUAUUUAUGGCAAGUUGCUUGACAUUGUUCCAAUCCAUUAUAUUCAACCUUUCGCUUAUGCUGAUA